AUGGUUUCUCGGGAUGAAUAUACGGUUGGAUGGAUUUGCGCUCUUCCCUUGGAGAUGGCGGCGGCGAAGGCCAUGCUUGACCACAUUCACGCCGACUUACCAGCUGAUCCGAACGAUACCAACGCCUAUGUUUUAGGAAGUCUCAAUGGUCGUAAUAUCGUAGUCGCGUGCCUGCCCUUCGGCGUGUAUGGAACCACUUCGGCUGCGACCGUUGCUAUUCAGAUGCUCGCAAGCUUCAAGUCUGUCCGGUUCAGCUUGAUGGUCGGCAUCGGGGGAGGAGUACCGAGCACGAAGGAAGAUAUUCGGCUUGGUGAUAUUGUUGUGAGCAGGCCGACGGCGGCCCGGCCGGGCAUUAUUCAGUACGAUUUUGGGAAGAAAUGCGCAGAAGACCAGUUUACCAGUACGGGGGUGUUGAAUAAACCGUCAACCUUACUCCUCACGGCCGCAGGCAAGGUCGAGACGAAUAAUAUUCUCGGCGAAAGUCAAAUACCCCGUUACAUUUCCAAGAUUGUGCAAAAGGACUCCCUCAUUUUUGCCCAUCCAGGCCCGGAACAAGACGUCCUCUUUGAGUCGAACUAUGACCACAUCACACCAAGUCUGGAGAUAGCGCGUGCAAUCACUGCGACCCCAAUAGAGACCCAGAACCCCAAAGUCCAUUAUGGCCUGGUUGCGUCCGGCAACCAGGUGAUGCGGCAUGGCGCGACACGGGACAAGUUGGCGCGCGAGUAUGGGAUCCUUUGUUUCGAGAUGGAGGCGGCCGGCUUGAUGGACAUCGCCCAAUGCCUGGUUAUCCGGGGAAUCUGUGAUUAUGCAGAUUCGCACAAGAAUAAGCGCUGGCAGGGGUACGCCGCCGCUGCCGCCGCUGCCUAUGCGAAAGAGAUCCUGUCGUUGAUCCCCACAGUCCCAAAGCCAGUUCAUUUGGCAUCCAUCACAGAUUCGGUGGUUGCUCCUGUUCUCGAUGCUUUGCUCUUGACUAGACCCGAGGUUGAUCGAAGUUCUCUGAUCGCAUUGAAAGGACGGAGGGUGGGCGGCACCUGCGAAUGGCUCAUACGGCAUCCUAGUUUUCAAGAGUGGCUGGAAGGUGCCGAUCCAUCUCUACUCUGGAUCUCAGGGGGCCCUGGAAAAGGGAAAACUAUGUUGGCCAUUUACAUCACCGAGGAGUUGCAGCCAGUGGUGGACUCUGCCCAAGGAGUUCUCCUCUAUUACUUCUGCAGUAACCGCGACAAGAACCGGAACACAGCAGUGACCAUUAUGAGAGGCGUAAUACACCAAUGGCUCAGCUUCCAUCCCCACCUGGCGCAACAUAUUCAGAACUACUUCGAUGGGUCUGAAACGACAAAAUAUACGAUUUCUAGCUUUAUCUGCCUGUGGAAGCUUUUCCUGAUCCUGCUUCGUCAGAGCAGCUCUUGUCAGGUGAUGUGUGUGCUGGAUGGCCUGGAUGAGUGCGAAGAGGAAACCCUGAGGCAGCUCCUCGAUGUCCUGGGAGAAUAUUUCUUGGAAUCUGAAGAGAAACCAAGGAGCAAACUCCGUCGAUUCCGUCGGAUCAAACUCGAUGACUCGGAUAUGGAAGUUCAGAGAGAUGUCGAGAAAUACAUCUCGACCAAAGUUGCUGAACUGGCAUCCGAGCAAAUCCUUUCAGAGGAUAGGCUCCUGCAGGUUCGGCAGGCCUUGAUGGCCAGCGCCGAGGGAACCUUCUUAUGGGUCGGGUUUGUUGCGGAUGAGCUCAAGGGGAGGAGUUGGCUCAAAAUCAAUGACAUUCUUCGUGGUGUGCCCAAGGGCCUUGGUGGAAUCUAUCGGCGGUUGCUUCGACAAGUCGAAGACAAAGAAAAACUGGUCCCCAUUCUCCAAUGGGUUGUUCUCGCCGCCCGACCCAUGACAGUGGACGAACUGGCAGUGGCCGUGGAGAUCAAGGGGUCUGAUGCCCUGACACCAGCAGAAAUCCUAAAGGAUCAGCUUUCAUCCUGUGGGAUGUUGAUAAAAAUCGAUGGAGAUGUGGUCAAUCUUGUCCAUGAGUCGGCGAGGGAGUUCUUUCAGAGUGACCAGGCCAAUAUAGAAGAGAUUAACAUUUUCCACAUGAACCACACCACCUACCGGACUCUCAUGCGGACCUGCCUGGCACUCAUCGAAGGGAGUUACAAAUCUCCCGGCAGUAUCAGCAGCGCGUCCCUCCAUAAUACCCUCUUAACGUAUGCCAGCUUAUAUUGGCCAGAGCAUUUCCGACACGCGUUCGACACGGUCGAGGCCCAGACUGAAUUUUCACGUCAGUUUUUCCAAGCCGAGUCUCCAGUCCGGGAGGAUUGGUGGCAAUUCUAUUGGGAUCGGGAGCAAUACGGCGGAGCUCCUCCGUCGUUCACGCUGUUGCACCUGGCUGCGUACUUUGGCAAUCUGUCCUGGGCCAAGAUGUUACUCGAGCAUUAUGCCUCCAAUGGCAUUCCCUUCCGCCGUCACACCUCACGAAAGGAUAGUUAUGGCCGGACUCCCCUGUUCUGGGCCGCCACCAGGGGCCACCGAGACGUGGUGGAGUUGUUGCUCGAUCACGGUGCCAAUAUCAAUUCUAAGGAUCGGUACAAAUUGACCGCACUCCAUAUAGUAGUCACUGGAGAGCACAAGGAGGUUGUGUCCCUGCUGCUGGAUCGGUCCGCCCGGAUUGAGGUUAAAGCCAGCUACGGCGACACGCCCUUGAUUCGAGCCAUCCAGGCCAAUUCUAAAGAUAUUGUUAAGCUGCUGCUUGAACAUGGAGCCCGGGUGGAUGGGCUACCCACUCCCCCGGGAGACCCUAACCUUUUCCCUCCAAUUGGCCGCUGGGAGGUGUUGCAGGACCUAGUCAAGAAUAAUGAGACGGUCAGAUUGCGAAACUGGGCGCAGUCAUUCAUCGGGUUUGGCAACCAGCUGAUUGACGAUGGGAACCCCAGAAAGUUGGAGGCCAUGACGGGACUCUCAGUCCGGGUGUUUAAAGUGGUCUCCACUGCAGAUCUGGAAGCCCUAUUGGUAAUUGGUGUCCUGGUGGGCUCUAGCAUCAUGCUGACAGCGUCUAAACAUCGAUGGAGAGAAGGGGUGGACAUUUCAGCAAGGACAUUUGCGCAGUUCGCCUCUCUCGCCUAUCGCAGAGGCGCCGGGGAGUCAUUGGACUAUGGAGUUCGUGAGUUCCUGAUCGAUUUUGAUGCCUCCAUUCGAAGUGGUAGGAGGGAAGACACGGUGAACCGGGUGGUAGCCCUUUUCUGCACGCACUUUGCCAUCUUUGCCAGCAGGGAUCCACGACCGAUCGAGUAUUUUUCAACGGUCAUCACGGAAUAUUUUGAACGCUAUAUCGGUGGCAGCUAUGAGGAACAGCUGUUCAAUGAUGCCAGCGAAGCAUGUGCCAAUGAGCUGGGUGCCAUCAGCGAAUGUCAGGAUGCCCGCAGAUUGCUUCUCGUCCUCUCUGCUAUCCUGCAUAUUGCUCAGCACUCAAGAGGGAAAGGAUAG